UGUGCCAUGGGUUAUAUAAUCGUAGAGCCGUCACCUCAACCAACCACAGUUCUUGACGAAUGCGUCCGGGGAAAACCAAUGUCUACACCAUCUGGCUUUUAUUAUAAGGACCAGUGGAUGCCACUGACCUGCAAUAUUCGUCGCUUCAACACUCCUGCAAAAGUUACCGAGUGCCUUCGAAGAAAAAAAGUUCAUCUGUUUGGAGAUUCCACUAUGCGUCAGUGGUUUGAAUACUUGACUGCAUUUGUUCCAGGUAUUAGAAGGUUUGACCUUGGUACUCCAAUAUUGACUGGCCCUCUGUGUGCCUUUGACAUGCAAAACAACAUAAUGCUGGAAUAUUUUACUCAUGGCCCGCCAAUGCAAUUCGGCACAAUUUCAAGCCAGCAUCUGUACUACAUUUCAAAUAAACUGAAUGAAAUUGAAGGAGGGAAAGACACAGUUAUUAGCGUUGCUAUAUGUGCCCAUUUCAGCACUUUCCCAGCAGAAUGGUACAUCAGAAGGCUGCAGCAUAUUCGAAGAUCGAUCCUACAGCUGCUCAGCAGGAAUCCAGAUACGAUGGUCGUUAUAAAGACUGCGAAUGUACGGGCCCUUACACAAGAUGUAAUUCUUAACUACAGUGACUGGUUCACUUUUCAACUUGAUUUACUGAUGAGAAGGAUGUUUGCCGGCAUCAACGUAGCAUUUGUGGAUGCAUGGGAAAUGACCAUAGCCCACUACCUGCCCCAUAACAUGCACCCAUUGCGAAUCAUAAUAAAGAAUGAAAUAGAUGUGUUUCUUUCACACGUGUGCCCUUCCAAUAAGAAGUAA